CCCUGGCUCAAGAUAAAAGGCAGUAUACAAAAGCAUAGGACACCAUAAAAUAACAUAAGUACGACAUCCACAACAAAUUGCACAUUGUCAAACUGAGGACACCAAAGUCCACCUAAUUAUUGACUACGAUUCAUCUACACCCUUAGCUCUCUAUCCUAAUGCUUUUUCUCCAAAUCUUCCUAUGUCCUCAGUCAGCUGUAACUUCUCCAUGUCGUGUUUAAUCACCUCUCUUCAAUAUUUCUUCAUUCUACCCUUACACCGUUUGAAACCUUUCAAGGCCAACCUCUCAGACCUACGAACUGGGGCAUCCGUGCCUCUCCUCAUCACAUGACCAAACCAUCUCAAUCUCACUUCCCACAUUUUAUCCUCCAUUAAUACCACUUUCACCUUCUUCCAAAUAAUUUCAUUCGUAACCCUGUCAGCCCUAGUGAAUCCACACAUCCAACGCAAUAUCCUCAUUUCCGCCACCUUCAACUUUUGGAUAUGAGAAUCUUAAUCGACCAACACUCUGCUCCAUACAACUUAGCAGGCUGGACUGCAACUCUAUAGAAUCUGCCUUUCAGCUUGGGGGCACCUUCUUAUCGCAAAUGUAUUGAAUUUGCAUAUUCUGUUAUAAGAAAAGAAAAUAUUUUUUGCAAAUGUUUAUAGCUUCGACAUGCUGAGAGACUCCAGGCUGGAGUUGGAAAAUUUGCCACACUGGUGUUAAAAAGGAAAAAGAAACUCUGGCUCGUUUGGUACAUGGAAUAAGAAUAAUAAUUUUGAUGUAAAAUUUAGAUCAACUUAAUUUCAUGUUUAAUUUAGGGUAAUAGCUAAUUUGAAAUAAUGAGAUUAGUUAUCUCAUAUUUGAGGGCAGUUUGAUCCACAUUUAUUAAUUUUAUUGAGGUAAAAACUAAAGACUAAACAUAAAUUAAAAGCCAACAUAAAAAUUAGGUAAAAUUGAGAAUAACCCCAAAUAUUAUUAUUUUUUCCUCAAAAAAAAAGUGUUCUAGAAUUAAUUAUUAGAUUAAAAAAAAAAAAACCUGCCACCUGUCACCAAUCAAAAUCCAUCUUGUCCCCCAAGCUACUCGUACUCGAGUACCUUAUAUAAACCCAAGCCUUUGAGCCUCGUAUUUUCACUGCCAUUUUUUCUUUCAAAUUUCUUACUGUAAUUUCAACAGCUCUGAAAAUCAUGGGUCGCCGAAGUGGUGGUGGUGGUUUUGGUGGCGGUGGUUUUGGUCGGAGCUCUGGUGGCAAAGGAAGUUGGUCGCCAUGGUCAAGAUCGCGCUCAUCAUCUGCUGUUCCUUCUACCGAUAACAAAAAAUCUUCUAGUCCUGCUGCUGACAAGCCACUGAAGAACCCGCCGAAGCCUGCUGCUCCGGCUCCUACUCCAGCCCCUGUACAGAGUCAACCUGCAGCAGGAGGUCUAGGUUCCGCGUUUGCUGACGGAAUGGCCUUUGGUAGUGAUAAUGCAGUUGGCCAUAGGGUAACAGAUGCUGUGUUGGGCUGUGUUAGGCCCGCGGGUUUUUAGACAUGAGGUUACAGCGGCUGAUCCUGCCCCCCCCCUCAGCUGGUUCUUCAACUGUUCCUGCUUCAUGUGGUUCCACAAUGACAGCUUUCCAAGAGUGUCUCAAUAGCAAUGGAGGCAACCUAAGCAAAUGCCAGUUUUACAUGGAUAUGGUGUGUGAGUGUCGCAGAAGUUCUACCACUGGCUUGAAUGCUUAGACUUGCAAGCCAAAUCGACCAUGAGUCAACUUUAAUAAUAUUACUUUGCUAGAGUGACUUUUUUUUAAGUUAUCACUAGGUUGUCAUUUUUCAUUCUAUAUACUAGCUCUUCAGUGAUGAAGAGUUUUUGAUACUUCUUAUUUAUGGUUAAUAAAUUUACGAAUUGUUCGUACUGCAA